GGAGUGUGUGUGAGGGGGCGGAGCGGGUGGGUACACGGGGAGCGGUGUGUGUGUGUGUGUGGAGGGAGGCCGGAGCUCGGAGGAUGGCGGUGCCUGUCAGACAAUAUGGGCUCAUUCUGCCCAAGAAGACAAAGAACACUGUAGCAUUGUCCAAACACUUUAUUUUUGAUGAUUCAGAUGAUGAGACUUCAGUCAAUGAAACCCUUCGAAAGGAGUCACUGAAGAAAACAAUGAUGAAGCAGACUAAGUUAGAAAUACAGAAGGCACUGGAGGAAGAUUCCACAGUCUAUGAAUAUGACAGUAUUUAUGAUGAACUUCAACAGAAGAAGUUGGAAAGCAGCACAAAGUUGUUGUCUGGUACCAAUAAAAAGCCCAAGUACAUUGAUAACUUACUAAAAGCUGUAGGAGAGCGCAAAAAAGAACAAGACAGAAGGAUGGAACGAAAAAUCCAAAAGGAAAGAGAGGCUGAAGGAGAGAAGUAUAUGGACAAAGAUGCAUUUGUCACUUCUGCAUACAAAAAGAAACUCCAGGAGCAAGCAGAGGAGAAGGAACAAGAACGCAGAGAGGCAGAAAGAGAGGCUUCUUUGGAUGUAACAAAACAGAAAGACCUCAGUGGUUUCUAUCGGCACUUCUUGAAUCAGAAAGUGGGUGAAGAGUCAAUUCCAGAAUGCAGCAUUCGUGGAACCAAAGGUGUGAAGGAAGAACAAUCUGUAAACUAUCCUAAUGAAAGUGACUGUCAAAAUCCUGCUGUCAUAUCAAGGGGAUCAAUGUCUGUGAAUGAACAAAACCCUGAUGCAGACAGUGACUUUGAAAUUGAUAGUGAAGAUGACAAAGCUAAAAAUGGUCAGAGAAAAUUGGCUUCCAAAACAAGAAAUGAUGACAGUUCUGAUAAUAAUGAAGAAAAGGGAACAGCUCGUCAAUACAGAAGGCAUGUUGGGUCCUCUAGUGAGGAAGAACAAAGUCAUCAUCAACAUAUGAGUUAUUCCCAUAAAGAAGGAAAAAGUGAGAAAAGCAAGAGGCAUUCUAAGAGCUAUAGAGAUAAGGAAAAAAGCUUCAGAAAUAAGGAAAGUUCUGGUCAUAAAGCGCACUCACAUGUAAAGGGCAAGUAUAAAGAAAAAGAUCAUCACAGAAAGGAGAGAGAACAUGAAAGAUACAAGGAUGGCAAAGAACAGAAGAGAAUCAAGGAGGAAAAAUGUAAAGAUAAGGACUACAACAGUGGAAGGGAUGUGAGACACAGAGAUUAUGGAGAGAAGCAUAAAGAAAGGGAUGAGCAAACAGAUGAAAAACUCCAAGAACGAGAGCGAAGCAAAAUGGAAAAGUAUGCAAAGAAAAAUGACAGAAGAAAGGAAGAAAAGUACAGAGAACACAAAGAAGAGGGAAAAUGGGACAAGAUUAUUAGUGAAAGGGAAAAAGAAAAAGACACCUUUGAAAGAACUGAUAAGAAAUAUGGAAGCAGUGAUAUGAGGGAAGAUAGCUCAGAGAAAGAAAAACAUGGAAAACAUGAUCAUAAGAGAGCACUAUCUGAAGAGAAAAAAAUUGAAGAACUGAGUGUGGAAACCAGAGAUAAUGAAGAAAAGGGAAAAAGUAUGAAUUUGCUGAGUGAGCAAAAACCAAAAGAUGAUACAGAAAAACAAAUAGAUGGAGCUGCGAUGUCCCAACCAGUUAGUAAAUUUGUGAAGCGCAGCAACCAAGAGACUAUUACAUCCGCAAAAGAGCGAUACCUUGCAAGGCAGAUGAACAGAGCUUUAACAAAGUCAUAUAUCGAACCAGAAGAAACUGACUAAUUUUAUUAGGACUGCUAACUACAAAAAAUCAGAUUUUAAAUAUAUAAAAUAACCUUUUGAAUGUUUUUGUGAAGUCUUGUAUGAAACCAUGGCAACUAUUAAAAAUGAUUUUCACUUAA